UCCGCUGCGGCCACCCGACGCGCCCCGAGACGCGGCGGACGCGGCUGGACCCCCGGCGGGCGCCGCUGCGGGCCGCGGACACUCCGCACGGACGGGGCGGGCGGCGCCCAGGGGCGCCCGGGAGCCCAUGGGGAGCCGGCCCCGCCGGAGCCCCGCGUCUGAGCUGCGGGCAGAGGGGCGGCGGGGACCAUGACCUCGGUGUGGAAGCGCCUGCAGCGCGUGGGCAAGCGGGCCGCCAAGUUCCAGUUCGUGGCCUGUUACCACGAGCUGGUGGUGGAGUGCACCAAGAAAUGGCAGCCGGAUAAGCUGGUGGUGGUGUGGACCCGGCGGAACCGGCGCGUCUGCUCCAAGGCCCACAGCUGGCAGCCGGGCAUCCAGAACCCGUAUCGGGGCACCGUGGUAUGGAUGGUCCCCGAGAACGUGGACAUCUCUGUGACCCUCUACAGGGACCCCCACGUGGACCAGUAUGAGGCCAAAGAGUGGACGUUUAUUAUCGAGAAUGAGUCCAAGGGGCAGCGGAAAGUGCUGGCCACGGCCGAGGUGGACUUGGCCCGCCACGCGGGGCCGGUGCCCGCCCAGGUCCCGCUGCGGCUGCGGCUGAAGCCCCGGUCGGUGAAGGUGGUUCAUGCCGAGCUGAGCCUGACGCUGUCGGGCGUGCUGCUGCGUGAGGGCCGUGCCACCGACGACGACAUGCAGAGCCUGGCCAGCCUCAUGAGCGUGAAGCCCUGCGACGUGGGCGACCUGAAUGACUUCGCCGAGAGCGACCAGGAGGAGACCCCCGAGGGCCGGGCCCGGGGCACCCUGCCAGGCCGGGGCGCUGCCCUAAAGCUGGGGCAUAUCCCAGAUCCUUCUCUGGAGCCGAAGACCCUUUGCAAAGUGGAGGAGGGCCAGGGCCAGCCCCGGCAGGCAGUCACCAGCCCCUCCAGCGCUGAGGCCGCCAGCCCGGCCCCUGUCAGUUCCAGCCAGUCGCUGCUGGAGUGGUGUCAGCAAGUCACUGCCGGCUACCGGGGCGUCCGUGUCACCAACUUCACCACCUCCUGGCGCAACGGAUUGGCCUUCUGUGCCAUCCUGCACCGAUUCUACCCGGACAAGAUCGACUACGCCUCCCUAGAUCCGCUCAACAUCAAGCAGAACAACAAGCAGGCCUUUGAUGGUUUCGCGGCGCUGGGCGUGUCGCGGCUGCUGGAGCCCGCGGACAUGGUGCUGCUGUCGGUGCCCGACAAGCUCAUCGUCAUGACGUACCUGUGUCAGAUCCGCGCCUUCUGCACGGGGCAGGAGCUGCAGCUGGUGCAGCUGGAGGGCGGUGGGGGCACGGGCACAUACCGCGUGGCGGGCACCCAGCCCAGCCCGCCCGACCCCCUGGACCCGCUGGACGCGGGCGACCUGGCGCAGCGGCUGCGCGAGCACCGGGUUGAGUCGCCCCCGGAACCCUCAAAGCCGACGGAGCCGGAGCCCCGCGCCGACACGGCGCCCUCCCAGGAGCCCCCAGCGGCCGCCCCCGAGGCUCGCCCAGCGGAGCCUCCUCCAGCCGACGGACCCCGGACGGCGUCAGCCCCGGCCGAAGGGCUGGUGAACGGAGCGGGGGCGCCGGGCGUGAAGCUGCGGCGGCCGUCGGUGAACGGCGAGGCGGGCCCGGUGCCCCCGCCGCGCGCCCACGGCUCCUUCUCCCACGUGCGCGACGCCGACCUGCUGAAGAAGCGCCGCUCGCGGCUGCGGAACAGCAACUCCUGCUCGGCCGAGGACCCCGACGCCGCGGCCACGGAAAGCCUCAGCUCUGACCCUGGCUCUGACCCUGGCUCCCCCACAGCCGCAGCCCCCAAACCGGCUCCUGAUGGGAGCCCCCCGUUGGAGGAGCCCCCCCCAAGCCCCGGGGAGGAGGCUGGGCUGCAACGGUUCCAGGACACGAGUCAGUACGUGUGCGCGGAGCUGCAGGCGCUGGAGCAGGAGCAGCGGCAGAUCGACGGGCGGGCGGCUGAGGUGGAGACGCAGCUGAGGAGCCUGAUGGAGUCGGGGGCCAACAAGCUGCAGGAGGAGGUCCUGAUUCAGGAGUGGUUCACUCUGGUCAACAAGAAGAACGCGCUGAUCCGGAGGCAGGACCAGCUGCAGCUGCUCAUCGAGGAGCAGAACUUGGAGCGGAGGUUUGAGCUGCUGAGUCGGGAGCUGCGUGCCAUGCUGGCCACUGACGACUGGCUGAAGACCACAGCGCAGCAGCACCGUGAGCAGCUCUUACUGGAGGAGCUGGUGUCACUGGUGAACCAGCGCGACGAGCUGGUCCGGGACUUGGACCACAAGGAACGGAUCGCCCUGGAGGAGGACGAGCGCCUGGAACGUGGCCUGGAGCAGCGGCGUCGCAAGCUGAGCCGGCAGCUGAGCCGGCGGGAACGCUGCGCGCUGAGCUGAGGCCGCAGCGCCGUUGGUCCGCGCCGUCGGCUUUGCUGGACCCCGCGGGAGACCCCGCGAUGCUGCGCCCGCCCGUCGCCCCGAGAGGGGAAGGCGGGGUACUCGAGCCCGGCGGGGCGAAGCCGUCGGGGGACCUCGCUGGGCGCUGCCCAGUCCUAUUUAUUCGUCCGUUUGUGCGUGUGUGUUUGUGUGUGUUCGUGGGGCCGCGUGGGGAUGGGCAGGGGCCUCGGGCGUCCUGCGGAAGCCGUCCCGCCGCCAGCCCGGGGACUGGGGUGCCCGCUGCUGCGCCCUCUCCCGUUCUCUCCUUCCAGUUCCUCCAGAGCAAUAAAG